CUACACUUCCCAUAAUGCACGUGGGUGAAGCUGUCUGACAGACGCAUGUACAUUCUGCCUCAGCCACAAACGCAAGCAGUCUACUGAACCACUGAGAAGCCAUCCUUCAAGGGUCCACUGUUGCCUUCAUCCUCCACAUCUUCUCGUCUCCUCUCUCAGCUCUUGAAAGAAGAAACACAAGGCCUGGCAGUCAGUGACACAUGGCGACUCUACGCUUCGGACAGCAUCUCAUCAAGCUCUCGGCUGUGUUCCUGCAGACUGAGCUGUCCUUCGCACUGGUCAACAGGAAGCCUGUGGUGCCCGGACAUGUGCUGGUGUGCCCACUCAGACCAGUUGAGCGUUUUCGGGAUCUUCGGCCAGAUGAGCUAGCAGAUUUGUUCUCCACCGCUCAGAGAGUCGCCAACUUGGUGGAGAAACACUUCAAUGCCACCUCAAUCACCAUCGCCAUUCAGGAUGGCCCUGAAGCCGGACAAACUGUGAAGCAUGUCCACGUCCACGUGCUGCCCAGGAAGGCUGGGGAUUUCAAGCACAAUGACAGCAUCUACGAUGAGUUACAAAACCACGAUCAAGAGGAUAAGGACAUACCAUCCAAGUGGAGAUCAGAGGAAGAAAUGGCAGCAGAAGCUUCAGAUCUGAGGAAGCAGCUCUAGAAACCUGAACCAAUGAUGUCAGUAAUUCAAUAAAGGCAGCACCGCCAUGAACAUAAAGUUCAACAUAAACAUCUGCAAUGUGAACUAUAAUAAAAAAUAUUAUUGUUUUAUUUGA